AUGGAUGCCCAACAGUGCUGUGAGAAAACUAUGCCUUUCGUUCAAGAUAGACAGUUUCCAAUUGAACCUUCUUCCCCACAGUCUCCUGUAUUCAGUGAGAGAGAUCCCUUUGCUGGGUCAGCUGCUGCACUCCGACAGAAGCUGGAAAAACAAGGAGGCAAAUCUUCAUCCUUAAAGGCUUACAGAGCCCAGGGUGACUUCCAGAAACCGAGUCCAGGUAGUGCUGUAGCUCAUGCAGUGUUGAAGUCUUGUCUAUCUCAAGAAUCUGCCCUACAGAUACAGCAACGUAUGCCGGGUGAUGAUAGCAGGCUGUCGUACGAUAUCGGCAUUGAGGGAUCAUCUGAAGGGAAAACAAGUGAUCCCUCAGGGCAAGGGGUACACCGUCCAGCAGUGUCCCCACCUGGGAUCUGUACACAGCCACAGAAGGUAAAGAAGAGGAUGCCACUAAUGCCACCACCACCUCUACCACCAUCAGUCCAUGUUGGAAAUGCCCCAGGGGCACCCCCGCUGCCUCCUUCGUGCCCUCCACCACUGCCACCUCUGGGUACAAGCCAUCAGGCCCAUCUGGUAUCACACUGUAAACUGAAACAGGUGCACUGGGUCAAAGUUCACAGUAAUCAGAUUGCUGCCUCGCUGUGGAGAAAUGUCUGGGACCUGACAGACCAGCUGGACCUGGCUGAACUAGAGGAUCAGUUUUCCAUAAAAGAGAAGAAAACUGUGGCAGCUAAACCAAAGUUACAAGAGGACAAGGAAAUGUUGAUUGAUUCUAAACGAGCUCAGAACCUAGGGAUUUUGUUCUGUGGUCUGAGAACAGAGAACGUCAGAAAGCUGACCUCCGCCCUCAAUUCUACCACAGAAGUGGACAGUUUCCCUGCAGACAAGAUGGCUGCUUUCAAAAGGUACCAGCCAACAAGUGAUGACAGGGAGAUGUACAAAGGAUGCACCCAAAGACAGGACAGCCUGCACCAUGUGGAUCAGUUCAUGCUGGAGCUUUGUCAGAUACCUAAUCUCAGCCUGCGUCUCGACCUCACGCUGACCCUCUGGGAGUUUCCAGAUCACUAUGCCAGUUUGGAAGAGGAAAUCAAUGAUCUGCUGAGUGGAUGUGAAGAGAUCCUUACAAGCACAGAGUUACCCACAGUUCUAGAAUUUCUUCUGGCAAUUGGCAACUACAUGAACUCUGUGUGGUCACACAGGCAGGGAAUCCAGGGCUUUCAGAUUUCAUCUGUUGAAAAGAUACUGAGUGUCAAAGGGCGUGACCCUCAAGUGACCCUGUGUACAUACCUGGUGAAACAGAUCAAGAAGAGCCAGCCAGAACUCCUCAACUGGCCAAAGAGUCUGGGACAUGUGUCCAGGUGUGCUGCAUAUGCAGUUAAAGCUGUUGGUGCAGAGAUAGAUGUUCUGAAAAAUGACCUGCAAAAGAUGAAAAAAAUCCUGAAGGUCCUGAGAAAUUCAUUUGGUCUUGAGGACAAGAUGGAUAGGAAAUUUGAGACAGAUACACAGAACUUCAUUGUUGAGUAUGAUCUCAAAUUACAACAGCUAGAUGUCAGGUACAACAAGGUCAUGGACAAGCAUAAGCAGUUAUUGGUCAGGUUUGGUGAACCCUGUGGCAAGACAACUGAAUCCAUCUUUUCCCACAUCAGCCAGUUGAUGGAGACCUUUCAGCAAGCAGUGGAUAAACUCCAGCUCUGA